CUGGAAGUCACGUGGAUGUGGCAGUAGCGCUACGUCAAGAGGCUUCGGCUCGUCUUUCGCUCGACUACCUGUGGUUCCUAUAAACUUCGUGAUUCAUGGCCGAGGAAACGAUUGCAGAAACGAGCUUGGGAGAUGACUCUGGCAGCUUGCUGGUUAACGACGACGACGGGGGCACUCGCACUGCUUACGGCUCGACCGGAAAGUCAGUCGAAAUGCUUUCAAAGAGCGACAGCAAGCAUAGGAAGAGGGUGAGAAAGCGCGUAGUUAUCGCGUUUUUUAUUAUACUGUUGGCUGCCGGGAUUGUCGCAGCGAUAGCAGUACCGGUCACCGAAUACUUCCUUUCACACGAGGAGGCUCGGCAUCCGAAGUCUAAGAAAGUAAGCGAGGCUGCUCCAAUGACAGAAGCAUUCGUGUGCACGUUCAGAGAUGAAAUCCAACCUUUUGAAAACGUAACAGUCUCUACUGUUGCACCAACAACUACAAUUGAUGAUCAGGUGAGAUUGUUUCGUUUUCAAGCCGAACAACCGCUUCGAAUUCUGCAACAGAAUAGCGUGCCGUAUUGUGACAAGUAUGAGCCUGCUCGAGUUCCUGUUGUGGGAAUCGUUCAGACAGAUGUAAAAGCAAGCGGAUCUGGUGGUGAUGUUGAAGUUACCAUUCCCUUGAGUACCCCGCGUGGUACGGGCGGUCACGAUCCUGACAUGUCUCUCAAAUACAGCGCAAAUGCCGGCAAUAGCGUGUUGGGUAAGGGAUGGGGAAUAGCUUUCUUACCAAGCAUAUCGCGUUGUCCAAAAACAAUGGAACAGAACGGAUACUCUCAAGGAAUUACGUUAACGGACAAAGAUGCUUUCUGUUCUGGUUCAGAUCAGCUUGUAUUAAUUCGAGGUCAGACACCCGAUCCUCUAAACUAUCAAGGAGAAAUUUAUAAAACAGCGCGUGACAGCACGAUUUUAUACAAAGCCUACGGUCCGCGGAAUGGUCUCGGUCCAACCUACUGGACCGCACACCUUCCCAACGGUAUAGAACGUGUAUUUGGCGGAACGACUGACUCUAGAGUUAAGGAAGGAAAUGCAGCCGUACUUGUUUGGGAAGCUAGCUCAGUAAUUGAUCCAUUUGACAAUCCAAUCAAUAUUGAAUACCAACAAUCUACUGACGGAUCGGCUGACUGGUACCGUACUGCUAUCACUUACGCCGAAGGACAUGCUAAAGUAGAGUUUACCUACUUGCCCAGACCAGAUAAAACCGAAGGAUAUGUGAGUGGCAUACCUGUCCGUACUACUAAACUGUUGUCAUCAAUAAGAACCUACUCAACUCUGCCGCAAGAAACGGACGAAUUUCCGUCUCCGUCUAAAAACAGAAUGUCGUUUGGAAGCAACUCGUCUCACGACCUAAUACCAAUUUUCGAAUAUCAUUUUAGUUAUGAACAAUCUCCUGUCAGUGGACGUAGUCUUCUCACGCGUUUUCAAUUGUGUGAUGGGUGCAAUACUGUUUGCCAGCCUUCUAUGAAGUUUUCAUAUGACAGCGGUUUACAAACUCUUCCGCUUCAAACAAGUACUAUGAAGACGACGUCUAUGUCGGUUCCUUCGGAUUGGUACUAUUAUGCUAAUUGCGAUGACGGUAAUGUAAAGGUAUACUACCCUGCGUUGACGAAGAAAAUGACUGCAGAUGUAAAUAGAGACAGCAAAGCGGACGUCGUAGUGACGACAUGGAAUUCAAUGGGCUUCCAUAUGCAGACAUACCUAAGCAAUGGAGAUGGCUCUUUUCAGUCUGCUAUACAAGAAACUCUUAUUGCGACAUCCGCAGCGGAGUAUUUCCAGUUUUACUCUUUCAUGUCCUUAGUUGUAGAUGAAAAGCAUGCAACUAUUUCUGUGUUUAUGGACGACUUUUCUGGAGAUGGCAUUCCUGAUGUAACGGCCGUUUUGGUCGUCGACUCACAGGCUCGGGUUCGUCCUUUACUGGUCGGAAGUCAGAUAUACAUAGUAACGGUGACUGCUAAGGGUUUAGGGGGAGGCCGUUAUGAUACAGUUCAAUACAGCCAUGUGGACCAAACGACCAAUUUUCUGGGCUCGUAUCCGGCAUCAAAAUGCAGUUCCGUUCAACAAGACGUAAACCUCGAUUUUAAACUAGACUUACUGAUCAUGUGUGGAGACAGCAACGGAUGGAAAGUCAUGACUGCAAUGGGAGAUGGGAAUGGUCUGUUUCAAAGCGGUACAAACAAAAUUUCGCAUCUUAGUUCUCUAAUCGGUUCUGAUCAAGGAAUACCAUUGCUUGUUCAAGACGUGACCGGCGAUGGGUCACCCGAUCUUGUAGGCGUCUAUGCAGGUUCUCGUGGUAUUAUGACUUUUGUGUCCACAUCUCAGAGAAACGGUUUGUAUGGACCAUUAGUACAACAAAUUCUCUACCGUGAAGGAGUUGGCUCAGAAGGCAAUCACUCUAUUCAAAUCGCCGACCUAGGGGGAGGAACUUUGGAUCUCGUCGUGUCUAACAUCGACAAUAGGGGAUGGUCUGCGUGGGUGUCCAGAUGUACAAGUGAUGGCAAGUUUACUUCUGCUAUACCAAUAAUUAUAUCGACGUUUUCUUUCGGUUGGGGAUCGGAGAUAGCACAACAGCUCAUUCUUGACAUGAACGGUGACACGAGGGGAGAUUUAGUAGCAAUCCGCACGCCCGGCAAGCAACAGAGUGGUUUCUCCGUUUACGUUGCAUAUUCGUUACCGGGAGAGAUCGCGUUUAGUGCUCUUGGCGAGAUUGGGCUUCCUGGAGGUAUUGGCUCUUCUGCUAGCACCGACGUAAACGAACCGUUUGUUGCCGAUGUCACCGGAGAUGGUCGUGUCGACAUUGGAGCGUAUCAUGUUCACUUUUAUGAUUGUCAGAACGGUGCUUUCUUUAGCAAAUUGUACGUGGUGCCGAGUCAAGGAGCCUCUCCUCUCGAUAGAUUGAAGAGACUGGAAAACGGCUUCGGAUCGUGGACGUCGCUGCAGUACGAACCCAUGACUAGUUCGUCUGUUUACUCUAAAACUGCAGUUCAUGGCGUUUCCGCCGCUUCGGGUCCGUCCAUCAGCACGACUGUAACGCCACGUUACUUACUCCGAUCUAUCGAUCACGACGACGGUUUGGGUGGCACGUCGUCUGUUACACACUUUUAUGCCGGUUACGCUGAGCACACGCGAGGUUACGGCAGCUUGGGAUUUGCUCAAAUCACUAGCACGCACUCGGUCACGGGAAUGAGUCAGAUAACAGAUUUUAGUCAAGAGUUUGUGCAGAGACGUAAAGGGUUGCCUGAGCGAUUGCGCACUUUUUCUCGAAGUGGCGUUUUGCUUGCAGACCAGAACAACACGUGGAGCGUGGUCGACAUCCAACCACUGCCGGGAACGACCGACGCUAUCCUUGCAUACACGAUUGUGAAACAGUCGCAAACGAGCAACUCGGAAAUCGGCCAACUAGUGAGGUCAGAAGUGAGUGAGGCCGUCUUCGAUGUUUAUGGAAAUCCUAUCAAUACAAACUAUACUGCUACAGACCCGUACGGUAUCUACCAAAAAAUAACUACAUCUAACUAUCGUAAUGAUGAAACGAGAUGGCUUAUUGGCUUGCCAGAAGAGGUCUCACAAGAGUCUUCAGUGGCAUGGAACAAUGCUCCGAUCGACCUGCUGUUUGAUCCAAGAGAAGGACAGCUGAGAACCGAUCCAUCUGGACGUCAGUGGAUCGUCAAUCGAAACAAAGCAAAGCGGACAUUUGACGACGAGAAAGGCAUUAUCACGUCAGAAACAGUGUUUGCCGACACUUCGUAUGAAGUCGUAACCAAGUCGACUCGUGACUCACGAGGUAAUGUCAUUCGAGUCGAAUCCCGGGCAUUUGGAGAAAGCAAGCCUCAGGCAGUCAAUAUGCAGUAUGAGACAAGUGGACGAUUUCAAGUCAAAUCUUGCGACAUCAUUGGUUUCUGUCAGUACUGGGCUCAUGGAGCAGCAGGUCAAGUUUUAAGAGAGGCAACGGACAGUGGUGAUAUUAUUAUUCAUCGUUAUGACCCUCUUAUGAGAGAGUCUCAGGUCAUCUCAUCUCAAGGCCAAGGGGUCAAUACGUCUCUGAUAUACUGUGAUGGCCAGCCGGCGUCACAGUACAACGGCAAGCCAUUGGUAAAUACGAUUUCGUGUGCUGGAUUUCCUAAUGCUAUUUAUGUCAAAGUCAUUCAACCUGUUGUUGGUCCACCAUCUUAUCAGUAUUUUGAUCGCCAAGGCAGACGCGUCGGUGCAAGCAAAAUCUUGGAAAACGAGAGCGUGACCGUUACAGAAUCUACAGAAUAUGACAAGUUUGGUAAAACCUCGGCCACAUCGUUUCCACACACAGCAGCAGAAUCUGUGAUAACACUGAACUAUGGGAAAGAUGAAUAUGGACGAGUUGUCAGUGUGACGAACUCUCUUUUUCCUAGCCGGAAGCUCAACAUCCAACAUUCUGGCUCUAACAUAACGUUUAUAGAUCCUCUCGGAAGAAAGCAGAAACAUGUAACAAACGCUGCAGAUUUAGUGGUAGAGGUAGUCGGUGAGAUGCAAGAUCAACUUCGUUAUUGGUACGAUCCUGACGGUAAUCUCUUGGGUGUUCAAGGCAACAUCAACAAUGACAAAGUCGGCUGGCUUCUUCGUGUCUCCUACGACGAAGGUGGACACAAGCGAUCUCUUCUUCACCCCGACAAGGGACUGUAUCGUUACGGGCACGACAGCAGGGGACGUCUAGUUUGGCAAACGGAUUCGAAUAGAAACAACGUGACUUUCGAAUGGGAUGAACGCAGCAGGGCUGUGGCAGCCCAUAGCGUGGAAGGCAGUCACUACUACGAAUAUAGCAAACAAUUCCCCGACAACGUUGUGGCAGAAUACUCCAUCGACAGUUCUUUCCAAUAUCGAUUUGACUACACGUAUGAUUCAAGGGGAUUGCUUAUUCAAGGUGACAAAACCUUCCGAUUGCUGGGAAUAGAUUCUCCAACUGAAUCUGCGAAUAGAUGUUGGUACAAUUCAACGUUCAAAUACGAAUAUGAUCCUACUGAUAGACUGACUCGUAUUGUCUAUCCAACCGGUUUUUUUGUCACGCUGAUUUAUGAUGAUAACAAUCGCGUCACAAAAAUAGUCGACAUGAUGGGAAGAGUUCAGUGGCAAGCACUUGAAUUCAAUUCGAAUGGUCAAGUAACUAAAGAGCAAAGAGGAAAUGGUUUAUUGACGGAGUAUGGUUACGAUGCGCUGUCUCACAGUCUACUUUCUAUGCGUACUUACGGGAAUGGACUGACCGUGCAGGAUGUGAGAUAUACACUAAACGACGCGGAGAACGUCAUUAAACGGGAAGACAGUACGAAGGGUUUGCAGGAGAGUUUUGAAUACGAUAAGCUGAACAGAAUUACUAGAGCAACAGUACUAGGCUCCGACGCACCGUUUUCGCAAGAAUUUCGAUACGACGACAACAGCAAUUUGGUCUACAAGAGUGAUGUCGGAGAGUUUAAGUAUCAUUCGGACCAUCCACAUGCAGUCAAACAAGUCAGACAAAGUAGCAAUGCUUCUUCAUUAUUGUACGAGUUUGAGUACGACGCCAAUGGAAAUCGAGUUUCUGGUAACGGAACGUACAUCAGCUAUAAUUCGAUGAACAAACCAGUAAACAUAACGCGUGGUCCAUUCACUACCAUAUUUGACUACACGUUGACAGGCAAACUGAUGGUUCGUCGAGACAUGGUGUGGUUGUAUCUUCCACAAGAAGGUAACUCGUCUAACAUCACUCUGCACACGUACCGCACCACCGUAUAUGUCGACGAUCUCUACCACGAGGAGACGACACGCGAUCCGGUCCUGAAACCCUCUACUGUACAGAAACAUUACAUCGAAACGUACGCGGUGAUGGUGAGGGUCAUCAACGGCACCGUAAAAGUAGUGAACGAUUCUCAUGGUAACGUUACAGAUAUUCAAGGAGGAUACGAUCAAUUGUAUGUGACAUAUCCGUACACUGAUAUCAAAGGGUCUCUGUCUCUUGUUACCGAUGAGUCUGGUAAUACGUUGCAAGAAUACAGUUUUGAUGUUUGCGGAUCUCCCAGAUCUCCUCUCACUUGGCGGCCGCUGAGACGGCGAGACGAGACAACUCGAGCUUCGGAGUUUUUGUCUCUCGAUGAAGCGGAGAAUCUGUUGUCUCGAUACCAGCACACAGAACAGCAAGGCUACGACGGACAUGAGCAGCUAAUGGACAUCGGUGGUGAUCUCGUUCACAUGGGUGGCCGGUUGUAUGACAGCACUCACUGCACGUUUGCUACACCAGAUCCAACCAACGACGAUUCCUACAGUCUGGUCGGAUACAAUUCGUACGCCUACGGACGGUUUAACGCUCUGAGUGGUUCCGAUCCCAGUGGCUACGGAAUUUUCUCUUUCAUAGGACAUAUGUUUAGCAGCAUUUUUCACUUCAUCGCUCACAUUGUUGAAGACAUCGUCCACUUUAUAGUUCAUAUCGUCGACGACAUCGUGAGCAUAUUGCGCAAAUUUCCAAUUCUCGAUAAAUUGAUUACACUCGCCAUCGACGCGUUUGCCGACUUGACGGGCAAUGUGUGGAUCGAGUUCGUUUGGAAUGUCAUCAACGACAGAAUUCGAGGAGAGAGUUGGGGCGACAGCCUCAAAGACGGCAUCAUCAAUUUGGCCACAAGCGCUCUCGGAUCUAUAGCAAAGGAUGCGACAGGCGUCGAGAAAUAUCUCGUCGAUGCUGCCAAGGGCGGGCUACAGGCUCUCAGCCACGGAGGUAACGUUUUCAAGGGAAUGCUAAUGGGAGUUGCUGGCGACGUUGCUCACGACGUGGCGGGUUUGAUCGAUAAGGGGCCGUCCAACUACUUCACUCUCUCGUACAACAAUGUCCCGUAUCUAAAGUUCGACCUCAACGAAUUGGCCAAGAAAGCGAUCGAAGGUGCCAUCGACUCGGCAGCGAGAGAUGCCAUUAAUGGCGACUUCGGUGAUAUACUGAAAGACACGUUCCAAGGGGCUUGGAAUGGAUUCAAGAACGACUUCGUGCAGCAGUGGGACAAACAGAAGAAAGAAUUUGAACACAACGUGUUGUCUAAACUUAAAAAAUGGGUUACCAAGAAGAUUCCGCUCAUUACCAAGGUGGAGAAAGACUUGGAAAAGGUGAAGAAGUUCUUCGGGGGUGCCAAGAAAGCCAAGCACGAUGCUCAGGCGACGACCGAUGCUCGGACGGACGUGGACAGAACGACUCUAACUUUUGCCAGACAUUUCACGUUGGGUUUCAACAGUCACACGCAUGCAAUAUACUUUCAGGCAAAGGCGAGUGCCGAUUUUUUCUACCUGCACAAGACCCAACUGAUGUCUUUGCAGAUAAAAGUUCACGCCGAGGCUAGUGAAACAUGGAAGUGGCAACUCUGAGACAUACAUGUGGGUACAUCUAGCUGAGAUGUACGCUUUUCAUUACUCCAAAAUGUCAGUGUGUGUGCGUGUGUGCGUGUGUGCGUGCGUGCGUGCGUGUGUUCGAACGCAAUUUUUUUACCUUACAGCAGACUGCUAAUCAUAUACACGACUGGUUAGAUUGACUUUGUUAGAGUGGUUAUGGCGAGCCACUAUAUACAGUACAGUGUACUGACAAAAAUACGAGUACAUUUGUUGGAACUUGG